AUGCGGACGUGCGCGCGCGCGUCUUCGUCCGCGCGCGCGUCGUCGUCCGCGACGUCCGCGACGUGCGCGCGCGCGAUUCCGAUUCCGCGCGCGCGCGCGGUGACGACGCGAGGCGCACGCGCGCGACGACGGCGCGACGUCACGCGACGAAACGCGCUCGCGGAUCCGCGCUCGGCGCCCGGGCGGGACGUGGACGAGGGCGAGGGGGCGAAGGGGUUGAUUCUAGACGUUCUGAAGCGCGUCGGCGACGGCGAUGGCGACGCGGUCGGUGUGGAGGCGACGAAGAGUGUUUUGCGGAGAGACGUCGCGGAGUGGCUGAACGGCGAGUUGAAAAAGGUGGCGAAAGAGCGUGGGUCGAAGAUCGGGAGAGAUGUCGCGAUGGAGACAUUCGAGGGGUUGUGUUCAGAGGGAAAUGUGACGCCGAACGCGCACGUGUGCACGACGGUGAUGUCGACGUGCGCGAAGGCUGGCGACGCGGAUAACGCGCUCAAGGUGUUGACGUGGAUGAAAGAUCGAGCGGACGAGGGGUUGCGAGAGGUGGCGCCGACGACGCACACGUAUACGACGUGCGUACAGGCGUUGGGGGACGUCGGUAGGUGGGAGGAGGCGCUGGAGAUGUUGGAGGAGAUGAAGCGAAGGGGGACGCGAAGGAAUGCGCACACGUACAGCGCACUCGUGCGCGCCGGGGUGAACGGUGGACGCGACGGCGCGCGAGCGGUGGUGAAACUGAUUCAGGAGAUGAAGAAGGACUCCAUCGAACCGGAUUUACCCAUCGCGUCGGCGUUGAUCAGCGCGUUCGGUGUUUUGGGGAGCGCCGAGAAUGCGCGCGCCAUGCUUCGAGCCAUCGAGUCGAGCGGCCGUGCGACGGAUUCCAAAUUGUACGUCGAUUACAUGACGGCCAUGUGUCGAUGUGGCGACUAUGAAGAGGCAUUGGAGACGUUUGGGAGGAUUUCUCGAACGACUUUCACGUGUACGGCGGCCAUCAAGGCGUACGCGGAGGCGCUGGAUUGGAAACUCGCCGAGACGCUCUUCGAGGAGAUGCGUCGAGACGGACCGCCGCCAAACGACCGCACGCACACGGCGAUUUUGCACGCGUACGAAAAGAGUUUGCAGUGGGAACGGGCGCUGAUGUUGCUCAAUCAGCUCACGUCCGAGGGCCGAGCGAAGGAGAUUCAUCACAACAUCGUCUUGAGCGUGCUUGGAAAGUGCGAGGAGUGGCAAAGAGCCGAAGUCUUGUUCAAGGACAUGACCGAGCUGUACAAUAUUCAACCCUCGCGUGUGACCUAUAGCACACUCAUCUCCGCGUACGGGCGAAGCGGUCAAACCGAGCUCGCUCGAAAGGCGUUCAAUAAGAUGCUCGCUCGACGCAUCGUCCCUGACGACUACUCCUUCGUUGGAUUGAUGCUCGGUCCGGCGAGUCAAGGGAACAUUCGCGAAUGCGAGAAGAUCGCGAAAGAAAUGAAAGAGGACUACGGUCUCGCUCACACCGUGCACACGUACAACACGCUGAUUCAAGCGGCGGACAUCGCGGGAAAUUAUGACAAGGCCAUGGUGACGUACGAGGAGCUCUUACGCAGCGGUGUCGAACCCAACAACACGACCAAAGAGCUCGUCAUUGCCGUCGGCAAGCGCGGGGCGAGCUUUUACGACGCCACACAAAAGACCGCCGCUGUUGCGUCCUACGCCGCCGGUCUCGUUGGCGUCAUGGGCAUGGCGCUCGGCCGCUGGUAA